AUGCCUACUGUAACAAGUGAUAUACAACCAUAUUAUCUAUUAUUUCCACCUCUAAAUACCAAUUCAAAUUGGAAGACAAUAUUGAUUUCGAUAAAACAAUUGUCCAGAAAUGAACUCAAAAACAGUGCAGAUGCGUCAAUUACAAAUAGUUGUAUUGAUAAUAGCUAUGGAGCGCUUUGCACAAUUAGAAGCCUCAAAACUUCAUUAUUAGCCAAUAUGAGUGGCAUCCGCGACAUUUCUAAACUAUUGGAGAAAAACGCAGAUAUUGAAGACCUAAAAGAGCAGAAACAAUUUAUAUUAGCAAUUAAUUUUGGAAGCAAUAGAAAAGAUUAA